AUGGGUCGCAAGUGGGAGCAGUUAAAGGUGCGGCUUCAAGUGCCAAAGGAUGAAGACUCUUACUACGAAAACACCAGAUGGUGCAAUCGAGACUUGAUCCCUAUGCCUCCGGAGAGACGAACCUGGGGUAUAUGGGGGUACUGUGGAUACUGGACUGUCUCUGGCUCAUGCAUCUCGGCAUGGUCGACGGGAAGUACUCUGCUCGCCUUCGGGCUCAGCCCACAGCAAGCCAUCGGCGUCGUGAUUGUCGGAGGUAUACUCACCGGCCUGUUGGCUGUGGCUUGCGGUUGGAUGGGUGAAACCCAUCACAUUGGCUUCACAGUGUCUUCUCGGUUCUCGUGGGGUAUGAACGGGUCUUAUUUUCCUGUCAUUCUUCGAGUGUUUGUUGCUUGCAUGUGGUUUGGCAUGCAAGCUUUCUGGGGCGGUCAAGCGACACGGGUGCUAUGGGGCGCCAUCAUUCCAGGCUUCGCCAACAUGAGGAACUUCUUCAGCGCAGGCUCCCAUCUCCUGACCAAGGAUUUCAUCGGAUUAGUCAUAUGGAUGAUCGCGUUUAUCCCGCUUGUCCUCGUACCUCCUGAGCGGCUUCAAGUCCCCUUCGCCAUCUCCUUUUUCUUAUUUGCAGGAUCCUGCAUUGGACUACUGGUCUGGUCCGUCCACAACGCUGGCGGCGCAGGGAGACUGUUCCACGAGCCCGGAAGUGCCGAGAACACUGGAUGGGCAUUCAUGUUUGGGAUCACCGCAAUUCUCGGUGCCUGGGGAGCCGGCACACUAGGCCAGUCGGACUGGACUCGUUACGCCAAUCGCAAAUUUGCACCGACCGUAUCUCAGAUGGUGGCUGCACCCAUUACCAUCGCGAUCACCGCCAUCAUUGGCAUCAUUGUCACGAGUGCCUCAGCCGAUAUCCUGGACGGUCAACUCGUGUGGAAUCCAAUCUACCUCCUCGCCGAGAUCCAGGACGAGUACCACUCCAGCCCGAGGUCCAGAGCAGGAGUCUUCUUCGCGAGCCUGGGGUUGGUCAGCUCACAGUUGGCGAUCUCCGUCGUGCUGAAUUCUGUCUCGUGCGGUAUGGACAUGGCCGGUCUCUGGCCCAAGUACAUCAACAUCAGAAGGGGCAGCUACAUCAUGGCUUGCAUCGGCAUCGCCUGCCAACCGUGGCAACUGAUCAGCACCGCCGACAAAUUCCUCAAGGUCUUGAGUGGGUUCGGAGUAUUCAUGGCACCAGCUACAGGUGUCAUGCUGGCAGACUACCACGUCGUCCGUCGGCGGAAACUGAAGCUCAACGAUCUCUACACCGGUAACGCGUCGUCAAUCUACUGGUUCAACAAGGGCGUCAAUUGGCGUGCAAUUGUUGCUUUCAUCUCUGGCGUCUGGCCAUUAUUGCCCGGUCUAGUCGGCACGGUCGACAACUAUACCGACUCUUCAUUCACGGGCUGGAUUCGGCUGUACAAUCUCACCUUCAUCGUUGGCGUGGCCAUGAGCUUUGCCAUCUUUUGGGCCCUGAAUUACUUUUUCCCGCCGCCCGGCCUGGGUCAGGAGGCUCCGUUUGUGGACGAGGUUCUCUCCGGACUCGAGGAUCCCGGAUCAGAGCCUGGCAAGGGCGAAUUUGAUCCGGCCUCGGAGAAGUCAGGCGCAGCUGCGACAGUGUCGGUUUGA